AUGAACACUUACUCUGUAUAUUGUCGUCAGAAUCUCCGAGAACGUUUCUUGCCAGCCUACUCCAGCGGAGUUUCAUCUUUGCUCUACAAAGUUCCAACUACCAACAGAGACCAUUUGGACCAUCAAAUCCCCUACCCAAAAGUUCACCUAACUUUCCGUGAUAAAGUUCCCCAGACUGUGAAUGUCUCCGAAGAUGUCGAGAAGGACAGGAUUCUUCUAGCAAUAGAUGGAACAUAUUCUCUAGACACCGAAAUGCAUCUUCCAAGCUCUUCAACUAGCACAAUUCUUUACAAUGGACUGGAGAACAUCAACAUUUGCAUCGAUACGCGUCGUCCCAAACCGGUCAGAACGGAACAGUUUCUUCAUAGGUCAUGCAACCCGACUUGCUAUCUCCAUCACUCAGUGAACCAGUACAAGGAGCUGAAAGUUUUCGUGUUGGCUAAAAAGAAUUUGAGGAGUCUAGAGCCAGUUACAUUGCCGUUCAGCACCUUUCUCAAUUCACCGAAUUCAAGAGAAGUAGUUUGUUUAGAGCACGGAAAUAAUCGGGACGAAUGUGAAGGUCUGCUUCGAAGACUCGCAGCCGAGCAAGCUCAGAGAGAUCGAUUUCUAUCCGCUCAUCAUUCUCGGCCGGUUGAAAUGACAACAUCAAAACGAAGGAACAUGUUCUCAGAAGCUCAGGAAGAAGAUGAAGCGUUCAAAAGAGCGCGUGAAUCAUAUUAUAGCUGA